AUGGACCGUGUAUCUCCUCUUCUCCCAUCACUCGAUCCCACCAAUCCGGCAAUGGCCUCGUGCACGAGUCUUACGAGCCUCCACGACGAGAGCAACGGUCGACGGCCGAGUGGGAGCAGUCUCGUCGCCAGACCCGCUCGAAUGUCUACGUCUACACGCCAGAAGUCUGUACAGCAAGUUCUCCAUUCGUAUCGUCAGGAUUUGCAGAGCGCUGCGCCUCUGCGGCGGAACAAGCAGACCACCGCACCUACAUCGUACCCGCGAGAGCAGUCCAACAGCAGCCAGCCAGGCAGAAGUAAUCGAGACUCACUCGAAAUGUCACUCGACGCUUGGAAUAUGGAUGCGACGAAGAAAACGUUACAAGAUCGACGUUCUGUUCGCAAGCGCGAAAGCCAUAUACACCACUACACUGUGUCGGUCCCCUAUAAUGCUGGCGCAAAUGCCCUCGAAUCGCCCACGACGCGUCACAAUGGAGAAGCUGUCACACCUUUUGUCUUACCUCCAAGUUCAAAUGCAACCGUUACGCCCACAAAGGCAGCUCCCCCAUCUUUUUUCAGUAGCAUGUUCUCCAACGGGUCUUCCACCGGCUCGCCACGGCCUCAAGCUGCACCCAGGACGCCCUCAAGUACAAGUCCCGCACGACCCUCUACCGUCCGUCGGAUCGCUCGGACACUGCUCGAGUGGAACCUAGGCCCACAAACGGACCUCAGUCGCUGGCAGCGCGACUCGCCACGAGCUACAAGAGAUACGAACAAGAAUCAAGACGAAAUAAUGGAAGACAACACCAUGAGGAGCCCCGACUGA